GCCCGGGAGGCGCACGGAGCAGGGUCGGCGGCUCAGGUCCGGCGCGGUCAGAGCGCCUGGCACCCCGCGGCCGUGGGCGAGGGAGGCGUGCCCUGGGAAGCAGCCGCUACUGGGACUUGAAGAGUGAGGGACGGGGGCAGAGAGAGGGACCCGGAGGAGGGCUCUGCAAGUGAUGUCAGGUCGACUCUUCAGGUUCAUUUCCAUAGCUCCCUGCACCCUCUGCUCGGAGAGUUAUAGCUGGUUACUGAGAUCGGCGCUACCAAAUUGCAGCGGGGCUGAUUUGGGGGCUGGGAAUUUGCCAUUCUGCUGUACAGACACUGAUUUUUUUUUUAAAUUUUAGGUAAUGGGCAGAUCAGAAAGUCAGAUGGAUAUAACUGAUAUCAACACUCCAAAGCCAAAGAAGAAACAGCGAUGGACCCCCCUGGAGAUCAGUCUCUCUGUCCUUGUCCUGCUCCUCACCAUCAUCGCUGUGACAAUGAUAGCUCUCUAUGCAACCUACGAUGAUGGCAUUUGCAAGUCAUCAGGCUGCAUAAAAUCAGCCGCUCGGCUGAUCCAGAACAUGGAUGCGGCUGUUGAGCCUUGUACAGACUUUUUCAAAUACGCCUGCGGAGGCUGGUUGAAGCGCAACGUCAUUCCUGAGACCAGCUCCCGUUACAGUAACUUUGACAUUUUAAGAGAUGAACUGGAAGUCGUUUUGAAAGAUGUCCUUCAGGAACCCAAAGCUGAAGAUAUAGUAGCAGUGCAGAAAGCAAAAAUGUUGUAUAGAUCUUGUAUAAAUGAAUCUGCUAUUGAUAGCAGAGGCGGAGAACCUCUACUCAGACUGUUACCUGAUAUAUAUGAUUGGCCAGUGGCAACAGAAAACUGGGAGCAAACAUACGGUUCUUCUUGGACAGCUGAGAAAGCUAUUGCACAGCUGAAUUCUAAAUACGGGAAAAAAGUCAUUAUUAAUUUUUUUAUUGGCACUGAUGAUAAAAACUCUAUGAACCAUAUAAUUCACAUUGACCAACCUCGACUUGGCUUGCCUUCCAGAGACUACUAUGAGUGCACUGGAAUAUAUAAAGAGGCUUGUACAGCAUAUGUGGAUUUUAUGAUUUCUGUGGCCAAAUUGAUUCGCAAGGAAAAAGGACUGCCUGUGGAUGAAAAUAAGCUUUCCUUGGAAAUGAAUAAAGUUAUGGAAUUGGAAAAAGAAAUUGCCAAUGCUACAACUAGAUCUGAAGAUCGAAAUGAUCCAAUGCAUCUUUAUAACAAAAUGACAUUAGCCCAGAUCCAAAGUAAUUUUUCACUAAUGAUCAAUGGGGAGCCAUUCAGCUGGUCAAAUUUCACAAAUGAAAUCAUGUCAACUGUGAAUAUUAAUAUUUCAAAUGAGGAAGAUGUGGUUGUUUAUGCUCCAGAAUAUUUAAUCAAACUUAAGCCCAUUCUUGCCAAAUAUUCUGCCAGAGAUCUUCAAAAUUUAAUGUCCUGGCGAUUCAUAAUGGAUCUUGUAAGCAGCCUCAGCCGAACCUACAAGGAGUCCAGAAAUGCCUUCCGCAAGGCUCUUUACGGCACAACAUCAGAAACAGCAACUUGGAGACGUUGUGCAAAUUAUGUCAAUGGGAACAUGGAGAAUGCUGUGGGAAGGCUUUAUGUGGAAGCAGCAUUUUCUGGAGAGAGUAAACAUGUGGUUGAGGAUUUAAUUGCACAGAUCCGGAAAGUUUUUAUUCAGACUUUAGAUGACCUUACUUGGAUGGAUGCUGAAACAAAAAAGAAAGCUGAAGAAAAGGCCUUAGCAAUUAAAGAAAGAAUCGGCUAUCCUGAUGACAUUCUUUCAAACGACAGCAAACUGAACAAUGAAUACCGCAAGUUGCGCUACAAAGAAAAUGAAUACUUUGAGAACAUAGUUCAAAACUUGAAGUUCAACCAAAAUAAACAACUAAAGAAGCUUCGAGAAAAGGUGGACAAGGAUGAGUGGAUAAGCGGAGCAGCUGUCGUCAAUGCAUUUUAUUCUUCAGGCAGAAAUCAAAUAGUCUUUCCAGCUGGCAUUCUGCAGCCUCCUUUCUUCAGUGCUCAUCAGCCUAACUCAUUGAACUACGGGGGCAUCGGCAUGGUCAUAGGACACGAAAUCACCCAUGGCUUCGAUGACAAUGGCAGAAAUUUUAACAAGGAUGGAGACCUCGUUGACUGGUGGACUCAAGAGUCUGCAAAUAACUUUAAAAAGCAAUCCCAGUGCAUGGUGUACCAGUAUGGAAACUUCUCCUGGGACCUAGCAGGUGGACAGCAUCUCAAUGGAAUUAACACACUGGGAGAAAACAUUGCUGAUAAUGGUGGUAUUGGCCAAGCAUACAGAGCCUAUCAAAAUUAUGUUAAAAAGAAUGGUGAAGAAAAAUUACUUCCUGGACUUGACCUAAAUCACAAACAACUGUUCUUCUUGAACUUUGCCCAGGUGUGGUGUGGGACCUACAGGCCAGAGUAUGCGAUCAACUCCAUUAAAACAGAUGUGCACAGUCCAGGCAACUUCAGGAUUAUUGGGACUUUGCAGAACUCUCCUGAGUUUUCAGAAGCCUUUCACUGCCGCAAGAAUUCAUACAUGAAUCCAGAAAAGAAAUGCCGGGUUUGGUAAUCUUCAGAAGAAGCAGUGCAGCCCUGGGCUAGACUUGCCAACAUCACAGAAAUGGGGAGCUCUAUCCAAGAAAAAAAGGGCCAGAGAAGUCACAGUAACUACAUGGAGGUCAUUCACAGAGAUGAGAGCAUUGUGAUAAAAUGAAGUUAGGUUAUGCUGGGAAAGGUGUGGAGGGUGGAGGGGUCUAAUGUCUAUCAAAUCAAUCACUGCUCACUGUGUAAAUACUUAAUAUCUAAAGAUAAUACUACCGUUCAUUUCUAUUUCUCAUAUGAUCUGCCAGUUUGAUGUUGUCUCUUGAUGACCGGGAUUUCUAAUCACAGGGAGAAAGAAGAGGUUGAGGAAUUCAUUCGGCACCAAAAGCACAGCACCCAUGUGAGAGUUAAACAUCCAUUGCCUAUGUGCUUAUUUUUACUUUUACUUACAACAUUUAUACUCCUUCAGGACUCUUCCAAAGAACUCUUAUACAUAGUGGGGCCUCGGGACUUAAUGUAGUUUUAAUCCAUUUUUGCCAGUCAUCAGUUAUUCAUUCUGAGAGCUUUGUGUUUUAAGCACUCUUAGGGCUAAAAUGAACGUCUGAAACGGUUUCUGCUGUUCCUGCUUUGACUGAUCAUGAGAUUCUUGAGGCUCCCUGCAGUUUUCUAAGCAACUUCUUGUUCUCUCUCUCUCAAAACUUGGCCUUUUUAAGAGAUUUGUAGUAAUGUAUACAUAAUUUUUAUAUUUAAUUAUUAAUGACAUUUAUGACUAAGGGAUUGUUAUUAUAGGUAACCGUUGAAUACUGAACCUCAGACUGAGAUAGAGUUAUGAACCAAAAUCUGUAUAUCACAGAUGAAGAUUUGAGACUUUUUAAACUUAUAAACCAUAUUGAUGAAAAGCUUUAAGCAUAAACUUUGGGGUAAAAAUUGCCAUGGGACAGUGGUCUAAAGAUACCUAAGAGUUGUGGUUUACAAGCAGGAUUUUCUAAAUUAAAUCUGUCCUUGAAGGUGGCUGUGAGAAAAGGGCAAAACCGCAUCUUUGUAGCUCUGCGUCUCCUUAUCUCUUCAGGUUUGUCAUCUGAUGGAAGUAUUUUGAUAAUAAAUGGAAAUUAUGAAUUCAUUACUCACUAAGCUUAUUGUGCCAGCCAUCUAGCUUUGGAAAGUGCAUUUCUGAAUAGACAUGAGAGACUCCGGUGCAUCCAGUGGGCCUGCUUCUAAAAUCCUAACUCGUGUAGGGUUCUGGGAGGGGGAUGGCAGCCCCUGAUGGCAGCUCGUCUCUUGAGGCUUUUAUGUUCUCUUUUCCUGUCCUGUUGGCUAGUUUAAUUCAUUUCAUUACUUGAUUAAUAUUUUACAAAAAAGGUCCAAAAGCCUUAUUUUUUUCUUAACAAAACAUGGAAAUGAAGGAAUAUCCAAAAUAGGAGUGCUGGUUUUUCUGCCUGUUGAAAAAUGCCCACUUAACGUGUUUUUUCGAAGUAGUAUUGAAGUAUAACAUGUAUACUGAAAUUUCAUGAAGCUUAAGUGUAUUGCUCAGUGAACCUUCUCCAGCAGAGCACCCCCCUGUAGCCAGGACCUAUGAGAAGUAGGACAUCCCUAGUGCUCCAGAAGCCCUUCUCAACUGUCACGUCACUCUUCCAAGGACAACUACUGGCCUGACUUUUUUUUUCUUUUUCUUUUUUUAAAAUUUUUUAAUGAGGAGAAAGUAAUUUUAGGUUUAUUUAUUAAACAGAUGAAUUGAACCCAGGACCUUGUUCAUGCUAGGCAGGCACUCUACCACUGAGCUAUACCCUCCCCGACUUGGCCUGACUUCUAAUAUCAAACAUUAGUUUUGCCUGUUUUUGGCUUUUAUGUAAAUAGAAUCAGUCAGCAUGUGUUCUUUUUUGUCUGGCAUCUUUCACUCAGCUUUACAUUUGUGAGAUUCAUCUAUGUUGCAUGUGACUGUGGAUCUUUCCUUCUCAUUGCUGAAUAGUAUUCUGUUGUGACUAUGUUACAAUUUUUCUGUUCCAUUGUGGAUGCACUUGAGAAGUUUCCAGUUUGGGGCUGUUACAAAUAGUGCAAUUAUGAACAUACUUGCAUAAUAUCACCUUUAUUUACUUGAGAGUUUUAUGGACUAAUUUCCACAAGUCCUUUCUAAAAUCAUGAAUAUUGAAAAUAUAGUUUUAACUGUUCAACUGACCAGCCUAUACUCUUCAAAACUGCCAAAAUCAAAAGACACCAAGAAGGCCUGGGGAGCUGUUCCAGAUUAGAGAAGACUGAAGACUACGUGACAAUAAAUGCAAUGCAUGAUUCUGAAUUGGAUUCCGGACCAGGAAAAACAAUCGCUAUAGAAUACAUUUUUGGGACAGUUGGCAAAUUUUAAAAAUGAAUGGUGGAUGAAUUAAUAUAUUUUGUCAAUGUUAAAUUUUCUGCUUCUGAUUAAAAAAAAAUAUAUAUAUAUAGUUUCAAGCUAAUCAUGGAUAGCCUUAUUGUCCCCCCUUUAUCACUGCCACCAUCAUGGUGGAUAAUUUGAAGUACACUUAAGUGUAUAUUUUCUUAAACUUAAAACAUUCCUAGUAAUAUUAAUAGUGGAAGCAAUUGGAGCAUCCAGCUCUGAAGAGAACUUCUGAAUUAUUUAAUUUCCAUGCUGUCAGAGCAGCUGAAGAACCAGAACUGAAGAGCAACCAGUACAAAUUAUAAAAAGGCACCAGACUCCCCCACUGCUAGCUCUUUAAAAUAUCAGGCUUCCGUCUUCAUGGAGGAACUUGAGUGAAGUUUUCUGGAAAAAAAAAAAACUUCUCCAGUGCCUGGAUCUUUUAUCUCUAGAAAUAUAAGACUUCCUGGGGCUAAGGGACAGACCGACGUCAGAACACUAGUACCCCCCACCACUCCUCACGCACGCGGACAUCAGUAAUUGUACACAGCACCGUUGUUGAGCUGCGUGGCACCUGAUGGUCUCUUACUCCCGAUCUCUUGGUGUUGUCCCAUUAGAUAAAAUCUAUUUGUAACGAUCUCACAUGUAAGUCUAAUUAUGCCCAAAUCCUGGUCAAGAUAAGAGUUAGGAAGCUGAGACACCAAAGAUUGGGAGCUGACGUCACUCAGGGAUGAAGACAGAAGUUCUCGGCAACACCAUUGAUAAGAUGCUGCUCUAUGCUGCACCAUCUACGUAAAUUCAGGUGUAAGGUGGAAAGGAUGCUAUCCUGGGGGAAGAGUCCUUUCUUAUUUCUAAUUCUAUUCUGCUACUAAUGACAAAGUGACCUUGGACAUUUGAUCUUUUCUCUUGGGCCUCUGCUUUUCCCACCUGAAAUAAAAAUAAUUAGAUGCUGUCAGUAGUGCUCAGCAAGAGAAGUAGAGUGUGUCCAGUGCUGCCUUACUCUUAAAAUCUGUUUCUAGUUAAGAACCGUCGGGUAAAAUCAUCUCAAAACUCCCAUAUAAAUGUUUGAGUCCAAUUAGACCACAUGAUAAUCCAAAGAACAAAGAUCAGAGUUUUGUUAAUUUGGGGUCUGUGCUGUUCUUGAGUUUUCUCAAAAACCUUUAUCGUUCCUGUCGUCACAGGUGUAAUUCUCCAAGUAGAUGAUAACUAUUACCUUGGAAAUAAGACUCCAGCCCUGUCAAAUAUGGAAGAUCAGAAAGCUAUCAGGCUCCAGUCUCAAAAAUACAAGAUAAAAAUAAAUAUUGUUCAUACUGUU